AAUGUAUCUUAUUCAAUAAAUAAUUUUUCUGUAUAGACUGCUUUAGGUUUAAAUUGUAGCUUGAGCUAUAUAUAAAAGCUUAGAUUGAAAUAUAAUAUAAAUGUUCCUAAAAUAACUUAUCUAAGAAUAGAGAAAUCUAUAAAUAGUUAAUUGAAUUAAGAUAUAUACCAAAUACUAAACGAUGGAAUAUAUAAUUAAAGUUAUGAAGAAGAAUUUUAAGACUAGAUUUAGUUUAUAUGUUUAUCAGAUGUUGAUUUAGAAACAAGCAAUAAAAAUUAAAAAUAUUAUAAAUUAGAUAGAAAUAAUAAAUUUAAAAAUGAAGAUAGUUUUUAAAUUAUAAUAAAUAAUGUGUUGGAAGAUAUCAAACUCUUUUAAAGUUAAUAUGUGAUUAUUACUUAUCCUUUUGAUUUAGAAGAGGGGUUAGGUAGCAAUAUUUAAAAACCAUUUUUUUAGAAUAAAUUAUUUAAAUAUUUACUUUUAGAGCUAUAAAAGAUUACAAAUGAUAAAAUAAUGGUAAUAACUACUUCAGAUAAUUAUUCGAUGAGUAACAAUUAAGCAAUAGUUAAUUAUUAAAAAUUAAACAUCUAAAAAAAGCUCGCUAGAACAAUUAAAAUAUUAAAAAAUGAAUAUUAAAAUGAAAUUGAUCUUACUAAUUCUUUCAUUAGAUCCGUUUAAUAAGAUCAAUAUGAUUUUACUUCUUACAGAAACUGCAAUAUUACUGAUAAAAUUCUUGAAGAUGAUUUCAAAGAUAAUAAAUAAAUAAAAAAAUUAUAUAAUUAAAAUCAGUGGGUUUCCUCUAAUAAUAAUCAUUAAAAUUCUAACUUCAUCAUUCAACUUUAAAAUGAUAUGAACAAAAAGAUCAAAUUCAGAACUACUCUAAAUAGUAGUGCACUAAAAUUAGAAUAAAAUUAACUAAACAUGGAAAUUUAUGAUAAUAAAGAUAUUUUCAUAGAUAAAUUAGUGUAGUUAUUUCCUCUACAUAUUUAAAUUUAACCAAAAAUAUAGAAAAUAUAGGACGAUAAAAUUAAUAUUUAAUCUAAUCAAAAUCCUAAAUUUUAAUAAAAAUAAUGUUAACAAGAAGAUUAACAACAAGAAAUAAAAUAAAUUAUAUAAAUUAAAGAAGAAGAUAAGUAACAGGAGUAAAAGAACGAUUAGUAAUAACAAAAUUAACAUUCUCUAAAUUUAAAUCAUUUUGGAUAAUAGUUUUUAGAAGAAGCAUAAGAUGAAUUCGAAUAAGUAAAGUAAUAAAAAAAUAUGGAAUAGAAAUAAAUUGAAUAGUAAACUGAAUAAAAUAAAGUAGAAUAAGAAGAAGAAGAAUAAGAUGAAUAAUUAAAAAGAUAAUAAUUAGAUCAUGAAAAAUAAAUUAAUAUUUAAAAAGAAAUGUAUUUGCUUAAUAUUAAAAACAGCAGUGAUAAUGGAAAAAUCAUGUAUUUUAAUUCUAAUUUAUAGUUAGAAAAGUCAGAAUUCAUAAAAUUUAGAUUAUAAAUUGAUGACCGUUCAAUAAUUUUAAGUCAAACAAGUACAUUUUCUUGUGUGAGAUAAGUUGGGCAGCAGAUAGAAAUUUAUUUAAGUAUUUCUUAGGAGUGUAAGUAAGCAAACAAAGAAAUUAAGGAAUUUAACCCACAAAUGUUAUUUUACUGCUAAAUCAGUUAAAAUCUCGUCUAACUCGAUACAAUUAACUUUGCUGAAUAUAUAGAUGUCGACUAUUUAUAAGAUGAGUUACAACAAAGGUCAAUCACUUGCGAUGAAUAGUUUUUAUAUCUUUUAAAUGGUGUAUUUUAGUAGAGAGAUUCUACUAUUUUAGAAAUGUAAACUUGUAAAAAAAUUGAUUUAGUAAAUAAAAAAUUGAUCUAAAUGGAUUAAUGCCAAUUUUUAAUAUAAGAUGAAGAAACAACACCAAUUUAUUUAUUUAAUACCUAAGACAACAUAUUUUAUGGAGGCAUCCCAAUCUUUGGUAACGGAGAUGAUUCAAAUUAAAAUUUGUUGAUGCAGGUAUAUGAUAAGCAAGAAAACCGCUGGUACUCACAUCAAACAAAAAUAAAAGAAGAUUGCAAGUACAUUUUUUGCAGUGGCAAAUAAAAAAAUUCUUUUUAUUAAUUAGUAUUCAAAUAAAAAUUGAAAUAAAAGAACAAAUAAGUUUAAAAUUAUAUAUACACAGUCAAUUUGUAUAAAUUGGAAGGUGAAGCCUUUAAAUAAACUCAAUUACCUGAAAUAACUCUAGAGCUAAGCUAGAGAUAAUUUAUAGUAACAAACAAUAAUAUUCCAGGUAAGGUAAUGAUAUCAUCAUGGGAACAUAGCAUUGAAUUAAAAGAUAUUCAUGUAGAAUAAUGA